GCGCCAAAAGGAGUGCCGCUCUAGCUCUCUAUUUCCCUGGUGAAAGCCCGACAUGGUUUGGAUUGGAAACUCGAGUGGAAAAGUCACGCUCAGUUUCGGAAGAGACGCGCUUGCGAGUUGCACAAGGGGCGCGCGAGCCCCUGAACUCCACGUGCCUCUUCGCACCUGGGCGAUCAGUUCCUCUCCCGCCAAGAACGCCGGGCCCGGGCAAGGGGCGGGGCAGCUGCUGAACACGCGAGAACUACAUCACCCAGGCUGCACUGUGCUCACGUGACCCUCCCGGCUUCUGGUGGAUCCUUCCUUCCCACCAGAUGGAAAAUGGCAGUACUGAGCCCCGGGGAGCGCUGGGCCGAAGCAUUAAUUGAUGAGCUCAGAAGAAAUCCAUGUCCAUCAGAGGAACUAAGAGACAAUUUUGACUGCUGUGGCUGUAGUGACUGUAUGAGAAUGAAAAAGGAGCGUAUGUGUGACAGUGGAAGAAGCCAGUCAACGUGUGGGGAAGGCAGCAUGACCUACACCAAGGAACAGUUACUUGGAGUGCAAAGAAUAAAGGACAGUAAGAAUUACUAUGAAAUUCUAGGCGUAGGAAGAGAUGCAAAAGAUGAAGAACUAAAAAAAGCUUACCGAAAACUUGCCCUUAAAUUUCAUCCUGACAAGAAUUGUGCUCCAGGAGCAACAGAUGCAUUCAAAGCAAUAGGCACAGCUUUUGCAGUUUUGAGCAACCCUGAGAAGAGAUUACAGUAUGAUCAAUUUGGAGAUAAAGGAGACACUUUUUAUACCAAUGUGCCCAACCAUUAUAACUAUUACAGAGAAUUUGAAGCAGAUAUUACACCGGAAGAAAUAUUCAAUAUGUUUUUUGGAGGGAAUUUCCCAACAGGAAAUAUACAUAUGUUUUCCAAUUCUUCAAUGGACCCCCCAUGUUAUCCACAGCGGAACAGACAUGAGAGGACAUGGACCCAGAAUGAACAGGAGGAAGAAAUUAGACCACAGAAUACCUACUCAGCAUUUAUCCAGUUACUGCCAGUCUUUAUUAUAAUAGUUGUAUCAAUAGUAACUCAACUGAUGGCUACUAAUCCACCCUACAGCCUCUUCUUUAAAUCGUCUCUAGGGCACACUGUUGUUAGAGAAACACAAAACCUGCAGGUACCUUAUUACGUGGAUAAAAACUUUGAAAAUAAUUAUCAUGGAGAAGAACUUGAAGAACUUGAAAAACAUAUUGAGAAAGAUUAUAUUGAUCAUAUCCAAACUAGUUGCAGGAAAGAAAAACAGCAAAAAUCAGAGUUAUCUAAUUUGGCCAAGCUAUACCGAGAUGAGCGACUGAAGCAGAAAGCCGAAUCCAUAAAACUUGAGAACUGUGAAAAGCUCUCCAACCUCAUAGGGAUUCAAAGGAGUCGCCAACUGGCAGAGGCAUGAGAGAACAGUCAUGAUAAGUCAUCCAUUCUAUUGGCAGGAAUUUCCAUUAGACUCUCUUUUCCUUUUACAAUGAAGAGGAAAGGCAUCAAGAGAGAAAAGCAUCUCAUACAAACUAGACACAGAAUCAUUAUUGUGUUCAUGAAAACUGCGUAUGAACUGAGACAUAGAGGCAGCACUUGCUGUAGUGUAUACAGUAUAUUUAGUUCCAGGGUCCAGUAGUAUUUUCAUGUUAGUGAUUCUUCAUUUACUUACAUUUUGUUACAGUCUUCAUGUGAUACUUUGCCACCGUUCAAGUACCAAGUAGGUGCUUUGCAGGAUCAUAGCCAUCAUGCUUAUUGAGCCUACGGUUUCUCAACAUUUACCUUGCAAGACAUCAUAGAAGAGGAAGGGUGGUCCUAGUCUUUCAUUUGUGUGCAUAUAGAUACUUGCACAGGCAUAUAUACUGUAUAAACCUAUGUACAGUUCAGUUUCAAGAGAACUUACAGGAGUAUCUUAAGGAUAUACUGUUUUUGUUAUGUUGUAAUGCAGAAAGCACUAGGAAAACCUAAAGUGCUGCAUGGAGAUUCUGCAGGCUCAUCAUCUAAAAACACAAUACAAAAGAAAAUAGGGAGAGAAGAGAAGGCAGGAACUGGAGCAACACCCCCUUAUUUGACCAAUGGACGAGGGUGGAUUGGUAUUCCUGUUGCCAGAUCAGACUUGUACACGAAGAGGAGAAAAUGGCCUUAGGUCUCCAGAGCACGAUGUAAAGUUCUGUGAGAGAAUCCAAACCAGGCGGCCUCACAGAUGAGAGUGUGAGCUAGGUUCCAACCUUUGGCCUAGAGCAGUGUUGUCCAAACUUGGCCACUUUAAGAUGA